AGGGACACGCCCUUAACUUUGGAGACUGUGCAGUAGGUGCACGUGCUUACCCUCAGCUGGUUACCAGUUUCUGAGUGGGGAGAGAAAACGAGAGCGAUUUAGGGUGGGAACUAUCAGUGGUCUCUCUCUUCGCCUUUUCCAUCUUUGGCGCAUCCUCCGUCGAGCCCAGCCUGUUGUAUUUACCUCCCUGUGGUAGAGAGACUGGGGAAUCCACCUGGCGGAGAGCAGACACACCUCGGGAUGGAUGCCCUGAAAUCCGCCGGCAGAGCGAUUAUCAAGAGCCCCGGAGUUCCGCGGCACACAUGGGGAACUUCAAAGCACGAAAAGCUACCAGAGAACUGGACGGACACCAAGGAGACUCUGCUGGAGGGGAUGGUGUUCAAUGUAAAGUACCUGGGUAUGACUCUGGUGGGCCAGCCCAAAGGAGAGGACAUGGCGUCAGCUGCCAUUCGCAGAAUUGUUGCCACGGCCAGAGCCAGUGCUAAGAAGUUUCGUAAAGUAACAUUGACGGUCUCACCAAAAGGCAUCAUCAUGACAGACACAGAGACUACAGACCUCAUAGAAAAUGUCUCCAUAUACAGAAUCUCGUACUGCACAGCAGAUAAAACUCAGGAUAAGGUCUUUGCAUAUGUCUCUCAGAGUCAGUUCAAUGAGACCCUGGAGUGCCAUGCAUUUCUCUGCCAAAAGAAGAAGAUUGCUCAGGCUGUGACAUUGACGGUAGCCCAGGCCUUUAAAGUAGCCCUCGAUCUUUGGGAGAUUGCUCAGGAAGACAAAAGCAAGAAGGCCAGGACCUGCUGUUCUUGUGCAGCAAGCAAAGGGCAGGCAGAGACAACUGACACUCAGUGUCUUCCCCCAGAUCUCCCAGAGGCACACAAGCCUGUUGGGAUGGAGCCAAGUCUCCGGAGGCCCUUCUUCUCUGCAUCACUCAGCUCGCCCUCGCCUCGCAGUAACCCUACUCGAAGGCGACCAAUCAAACACGACUCUUGGGACGUGGAGGAUGGAAUCGAUGAUGCGUUCUCAAGACUGGCCGAGCCCUGCUCCAAACCCGUCUCUGACAAUGCAGCUCUGAGUGUCCGGGAGGUCUCCAUCGAGAAUCUGUUGUGCAACAAUGAGUUUGAAUAACACACGCAGGCAAUAGCUUCCCAACUUACAGAACCACCGAAAUUUGAUGGAAAUCAUACCCCUCAGGCCCCAAGAACAACACCAAACAUUACUUGAACAGAUAGCAAAACAUAUCAUGCUUCCCGGUGCACAACCUGAAUCAGAGUGACUCUGUUUGAUUUUCGGUGACUGCUGCAGAGAAGACAGAAUGGAUACCCUGAUAUUAUAAACUGCUGUUUCUGUGAAUGCCUGCCAGUCAACACACUCCAUUCAGUCCUUCAGUCAUCUCCUGCCAUAUUCAAACUCUCACAAACUGCUAGAUGAAAGACGAUGUGCAACACAGCAUUGAGAGACCAGCAAGAAGUUCCCACAGAGUCUCCUUCUUAUAAAUAAUACUUAAUACUCACACGUGGAUUCCACUUGUAAAUUCUGAUAAAGAUUUUCUCAGCAUCAACAAGUCCAGGGAUGUGUGUACAUAAAAGGCUGUCCUCUCUUUCUGAAAGCUCUCUGAGCUUGUUGUUUGCUUGAGGGAGUAACAGCUGCCAGUCUCAGCAGUCACUGGAAGAAGUCCAGUGUUAGAGGUACAAAUCUUUAGUCAUGAUGUUUGAUAAAUUAUGCGUUCAGCAUUCGGUUUGUUGUGCUGAUUCAACCGGUUCUUUGAAGAAUGAAACCGCAUGCAUGUACCCAUGUAUCAUCUUUUUUAUUGAUUGCAACAUAAAUGUGUCAUUAAAAAAA